GCCAAGGACUCAGCGCGGGUGCGGGAGAGGGCACAGCACUGACAGCGGCCUCUGGUCUGCGCGUUGAGAGGACGGUAACUUCUGGGUCUGCAGACAGGAGGAGAUGAAGGAAGACUUCCCACCCAGUUCUCACGUGCCCGUCAGCGACAGCAAAUCCAUUCCGAAGUCGGAGCUCUUGAGCCUGCUGAGAACCUACAACUGCUACCACGAGGGCAGAAGCUCUCAGCUGAGACACCGGGAGGAAGAAGGGGCUCUGAUCAUCGAGGGGCUCCUCAACAUCACCUGGGGGCUGAGGCGGCCCAUCCGGCUCCAGAUACAGGACGACAGGGAGCCAGCACACCUCUCCUCGGCCGCCUGGACGCCGGGACAACCCAGCUGCCACCUAAAGGAGCCACUUGGGCAGGACGGCAAGGCCACGGCCCAGGACCCCAGCACUCAGCCCACCGAGCACAAGGCUGAGAGUUCCCGAGACAGCUCAGAGCCCCUGGAGGACGAGGAGACCCCACAGCUGAUGCGGACCAAGAGCGACGCAGCCUGUGUGAUCCAGAGGAGGCCCAGGUGCCGCACACCUGGCGAGACCCAGAGGAUCCGGCGACACCGGUUCUCCAUCAAUGGGCACUUUUACAACCACAAGACCUCCGUGUUCACGCCUGCCUAUGGGUCCAAGACCAACGUGCGGGUCAACAGCACCAUGACUGCCCCGCAGGUGCUCACCCUGCUGCUGAACAAGUUCCGGGUGGAAAACGGCCCCAGUGAGUUCGCACUCUACAUUGUUCAUGAGUCUGGGGAGCGGACGAAGUUAAAGGACUGCGAGUACCCGCUGGUUUCCAGAGUCCUGCACGGGCCGUGCGAGAAAAUCGCCAGGUUGUUCCUGAUGGAGGCCGACUUGGCCGAGGAGGUGCCCCACGACGUUGCUCAGUACAUUAAGUUUGAAAUGCCGGUGCUGGACAGUUUUAUUGAAAAAUUAAAAGAAGAGGAGCAAAGAGAAAUAAUCAAACUGACCAUGAAGUUCCAAGCCCUGCGCCUGACGAUGCUGCAGCGCCUGGAGCAGCUGGUGGAGGCCCAGUAGCCAGAGCCGCCAGCAGCCAGUGCACCGGAGUGCCGGCGCCUGGGCCCUGCCUGACGGCCACCACCCGGGGAGGCCAGCACCCGUGCUGCCACCUGUCUACCAUGAGUCCAUGC